GUGAUGUGCGGCCACACGGAAAACACCCGUCAAGCACCCAAAAAAGGCCAGCAGCGGGUGGAAGCAGAGACAGAGAGUAGUGGGAGGAGCCGGGCCGAGCCAGGUGUACCACUGAGCUCUUCAUCAUGACUGAUGGAGACUAUGAUUACCUCAUCAAGUUUUUAGCUUUGGGAGAUUCUGGAGUAGGGAAGACCAGUGUACUCUACCAGUAUACAGAUGGAAAAUUUAAUUCAAAAUUUAUUACAACAGUGGGCAUUGAUUUCAGGGAAAAGAGAGUGGUGUACAGAGCUAAUGGGCCAGAUGGAGCCAUUGGCAGAGGCCAGAGAAUUCACCUGCAGUUAUGGGACACAGCAGGGCAGGAGAGGUUUCGCAGUCUGACAACAGCGUUCUUCAGAGAUGCUAUGGGGUUUCUUCUGCUUUUUGAUCUGACAAAUGAGCAAAGUUUUCUCAAUGUGAGAAACUGGAUAAGUCAGCUGCAGAUGCAUGCAUAUUGUGAAAAUCCAGACAUAGUGUUAUGUGGAAAUAAGAGUGAUUUGGAAGACCAGAGAGUAGUGAAGGAGGAGGAAGCCAGAGGACUUGCUGAGAAAUAUGGAAUCCCCUACUUUGAAAUUAGCGCUGCCAAUGGGUCAAACAUAAGCCAAGCAAUUGAGAUGCUCCUGGAUCUAAUAAUGAAGCGAAUGGAACGGUGUGUGGAUAAAUCCUGGAUUCCUGAAGGAGUGGUGCGAUCCAACGGUCACACUUCCCUUGAUCAAAUGAGUGAAGAAAAGGAGAAGGGGUCAUGUGGCUGUUGAAGUCAAGCAACUGACACAAAACAUCAGUGGCCCAUGUCUGUGAUCUUCUCUGUGGGUGAUACAUGGCAUAAAGAGAGAUUAAUGGACAUUUUGUACAAACUUCUUCUUAACAUCCCAAUUCGACCUAAGAAUAAAGCAUCCAGUUUUAAAAUUAAUUUGCUGCAGCUUCAUAAUAUUUCUAUAUGAUUCAGCCUGAAAGUUAGGAAAGACAUUUCACAUAGCCAAAAGUGCCUUAGAAAAACUUAGGCCACUGUAGUACAUCAGGAUUCAGGAUUUUGUAGCCACAGAAGAGUGUUUAGAAUGUAGCAUGUCUGAAAACACUGUAACUUGCCUUAAUAUAGAUAGGCCCUGAGACUCACAAUCUAGAUCUUAAACAAAAUUGUAAAACUAUCACCCUUGAAUCCAAAUUAAAAGACCCUGCUUGUACAACUGGUGACCUUUUAAAAUGCCAUCUAAACCACUUGAAAAUUAAGAAUAUAUAUAUACAUCAGUUUGAUGUCCUUGUACAUUAGUUUAUAUGUGCAUUCUCUUUUAUAUGAAUAUAUGGCACAUUAUGACAAUUUUUGUAGACUCUGAAUAAACUGGAUUGGCCAAUUGUAUACACUCAAUGUGACUCUUGUUGGUCAGAAAGAAAUUGAGAAGGGUUGGGGUCAGGGUGGCUUAAUGUAAUAUGAGCAACCUAAGUGGGACUUCUAUCUCCCUGCCAUGUUCCCCUUGCUCUGCAAAGUUGAUUGACGGGACCUAGAUUUUUAAUGGCUUCAGUUCACUGUGAUCUGUGCAAUUAUACUUGGCUAAUAUGUUGGCCACAUUUGAACAUAGCUGGUGCUUAUGCUGAAGUUAUUUGUGAUAAGUAAACAUUUAGCUUCUUUUCUUCAUAUUUAUAUUGGUCUGGCAUUGUCAGACUCUAGUUUAAUUAGCUUGUGACUACUAAUCUUCUGUCUUAACCAUCAGGCUCUGUAUGGUUGAUAUUUACAACUUGUUUUAUUUUUCACAUUGGUAGAAUUGAAGGAAUUAGUUUUAAUUAUAUAAAAUGUCUAUUUGCCAUUUGGUGGAAGAUAGAUUUUUGUAUUUACGCAGUUAUAUUUGUAUUGUAGCUCAAUAUAAAAACAAUCAAGUUUUCUAUAGCCUGUAUUUUUCAUUGAUAUCAGGGGCAUUUAUUUGCUGGGUCUUGCCAAGCUCAUCUAUUCUGUGGCAUUGCAAAAGUGUCUUUAUACCAAAUUAAAGGUGGUUUUAAUAUCUGCUUCAUGACAGUUGUUUAUAAAGUUCAAAGGGGGGAAAUUCUUGUUUGUUGAAUGGAUUUAAAGAAGGUAGAUUAAAAUUUCCAUAGAGCUUAAUGGUUAUUUAGGAAGAAAUACUACAUAUAAUUUAAAAAAAGUAAAAGUAAAUGUAUGUUGUGGUAGCAAAUGUUUGGUAGAACUGUAACUAGGAAAGUACAGCUAUGAUGGAAAAGAAUUACUUUUAUGCGAUAAUUUUCAAAUGACUUUUUAUUGAGCACUUACCCUGUUUAUUUUUUUCUUUUUGGCCACACCCACCCCUCCAACCCCUGGCUUAGCUGUGGGGUUACUGAGAUCUAUGUCUUUCUAUCCUAAGAAGUCAUUAAGUUCUACACAUUUGUGUUGGGUAUUCUAGUGAGGAGAAGAUUCAAACAUUUCAAGGGUAGGAUCGUAGUCCCAAGCAGUGCCUUCUAAAGCUGCCCUAAAACUUCAGUGGAGUAAAUCACAAUUUUACAGAUACAGGUCAGGGAACAUUUUAUAUGGUCUAUUUAUACAGACAAAAAGAAGACAGUUUGUUUUAGUUUUCAAGAACCAAAUGAGCAAAUUAGCUACAGAUUCUACUGGCCUUAAACAUAGCAUAUGUUUAUAUGUACACAUGAUAUAGUGCACGUACAAACCACCUUUAAUCACUGAAAUAACAUGUAUUCUAUUUGGAAAUAAUUUGUUUAAAUUUGAUAUUGAAAUAUAUUUUUUGUGCAUCAAUGUAUUUUUCUAUUUAGAAGCCGAUGUAAAAGUAAAGUGUAUCUUCAGUGAACUUCGUGCCAAUUAAGCUUAUAAUAAAAAGUGGCCUCAU